UUUCAGAGGAAAGACAGGGGGCGGCCUUAGGCCGAGAUCUCACGGCGUCUGCGCCGACGAGGUCCGAACUGGAACAUGGCGACUUGCGCCGAAAUCCUGCGGAGCGAGUUCCCCGACAUUGACGGACAGGUCUUCGACUACGUGACUGGCGUCUUGCACAGCGGCAGCGCGGACUUCGAGUCUGUGGAUGACCUGGUGGAAGCUGUGGGGGAACUGUUGCAAGAGGUGUCUGGGGACAGCAAAGAUGACGCGGGCAUCAGAGCCGUGUGCCAGCGCAUGUACAACACUCUGCGCCUGGCCGAGCCGCCGAGCCAGGGAAACAGCCAGGUGCUAUUGGACGCCCCCAUCCAGCUGUCUAAGAUAACAGAAAACUACGACUGUGACACCAAACUUCCAGGACUGCUAAAGAGAGAACAGUCCUCGACAGUGAAUGCAAAGAAGCUAGAGAAGGCCGAGGCCCGACUGAAGGCAAAACAGGAGAAACGCUCAGAAAAGGACACACUGAAGACCAGCAACCCACUAGUUUUGGAAGAGGCAUCAGCCAGCCAGGCAGGCAGCAGAAAAGAGAACCGGUUGGAAUCAUCUGGCAAGAACAAGUCCUAUGAUGUGCGAAUUGAGAACUUUGAUGUAUCCUUUGGUGAUAGAGUACUGCUGGCAGGAGCAGAUGUGAACCUGGCAUGGGGCCGCCGCUAUGGGCUGGUAGGACGGAAUGGGCUAGGGAAGACCACUCUGCUGAAGAUGCUGGCCACCCGGAGCCUGCGGGUUCCAGCCCACAUUUCCCUGCUGCAUGUAGAGCAGGAGGUUGCUGGAGAUGACACCCCUGCCCUGCAGAGUGUGCUGGAGAGCGACAGUGUGAGAGAGGACCUGCUGCGGAGGGAGCGGGAGCUCAGUGGCCAGAUUGCUGCCGGCAGGGCAGAGGGCUCUGAAGCUGCACAGCUGGCAGAAAUCUAUGCCAAACUGGAAGAGAUUGAGGCAGACAAGGCACCUGCCAGGGCAUCAGUCAUUCUUGCUGGGCUUGGCUUUACACCAAAAAUGCAGCAGCAGCCUACCAGGGAGUUCUCAGGUGGCUGGAGGAUGAGACUGGCCUUGGCCCGGGCCCUGUUUGCUAGGCCAGAUCUCUUGCUGUUAGAUGAACCUACAAACAUGCUGGAUGUACGAGCUAUUCUGUGGCUGGAGAAUUACCUGCAGACAUGGCCCUCCACAAUCUUAGUCGUCUCUCAUGACCGCAACUUCCUGAACGCCAUCGCCACAGACAUCAUCCAUCUGCACAGCCAGCGGCUAGAUGGCUACCGGGGAGAUUUUGAGACCUUCAUCAAGAGCAAGCAGGAGCGAUUGCUCAAUCAGCAGCGUGAAUAUGAGGCACAGCAGCAGUAUCGCCAGCAUAUCCAGGUUUUCAUUGACCGGUUUCGCUACAAUGCCAACAGGGCCUCCCAAGUACAGAGUAAACUCAAGAUGCUGGAGAAGCUACCUGAGCUGAAGCCUGUGGACAAGGAGUCUGAGGUCGUGAUGAAGUUCCCUGAUGGGUUUGAGAAAUUCUCACCACCAAUUCUGCAGCUAGAUGAGGUGGAUUUCUACUAUGAUCCUAAACACGUCAUCUUUAAUCGUCUGUCUGUAUCUGCUGACCUUGAGUCUCGAAUAUGCGUGGUUGGGGAGAAUGGGGCUGGGAAAUCUACCAUGUUGAAGCUGCUUAUGGGGGACCUGGCACCUGUUAGGGGCAUCAGACAUGCCCACAGGAAUCUGAAGAUUGGAUAUUUCAGCCAACACCAUGUAGAACAGCUGGACCUAAACGUCAGUGCUGUAGAGCUGCUCGCACGAAAGUUUCCUGGACGGCCUGAGGAGGAAUAUCGCCACCAGCUGGGUCGCUAUGGUGUCUCUGGGGAACUGGCCAUGCGCCCUGUUGCAAGCUUGUCUGGGGGCCAGAAGAGCCGCGUAGCCUUUGCACAGAUGACCAUGCCUUGUCCCAACUUCUAUAUCCUGGAUGAACCCACAAACCAUCUGGACAUGGAGACAAUCGAGGCUCUGGGUCGUGCUCUCAAUAAUUUCAAGGGUGGCGUGAUUCUCGUGUCUCAUGAUGAGCGCUUCAUCCGGCUGGUGUGCAGGGAGCUCUGGGUGUGUGAAGGAGGCGGCGUCACCCGGGUUGAAGGGGGAUUUGACCAGUACCGCGCCCUUCUCCAGGAACAGUUCCGCCGGGAAGGCUUCCUCUAGGGCCACUAGGUUGAGGACUGUGCCCAGGACAUGGACUGAUCUUGCAGACCCCUGGGCUCAUGUGUAGGCAACUGACUCCAGGCCAUGGACUUCCCCUACUUGGGGACAGCCUUAUUCCCACAUCUCUUCCUUUCAACUGGAGCAUCCUCUUCACAAUGUGGGGAGCCCCAUCCAAGGAUCUGUGAGGCCUGUGUCCCAGGGGAAGGGCUGGGGGGGUGCCCUCCCUCUGGGGUUAUAAAUUGCCCCCCACUGCCCCAUCUUGACUGGGCCCCAUGUGGCUGCUAUGUAAAUUAAAUUUCCCCUGCAUCUU